CAACACCAUCGCAGCGACCCACUGAGCUGCCAUUGCGACGGAUCCUCUGUCUUUGCGCCGCUUUCUUUUUCACCAGUUGCCCGAGCGGUGACGGGCUUCCUCAGUCUGUUCCAUCAUGAAGUCGACAGCUGCCCUGGUGGGCCUCCUGAGCCUGACGAGCUCGGCCCUGGCUGAUCCGACAUGGCCCAAUGCCAUUGACGAGAUCGAGGAGAUCAUGACCCAACUCCAGUCGUUCCGCGCCCGCAAAUUCGCCGACACGGUGAGCCCGUGCUCCAACGAAGCCUCCGGGCCCGGCCGCCAGAACGCCGCCGAGUGGCUCCGGGUCGGCUUCCACGACAUGUCCACGGCCAACACGUACUUUGGCAUUGGAGGUCUCGAUGGCUCGCUGCAGUACGAGCUGGACAAUGGCGAGAAUACCGGGCCCGGCCACAGGACGACGCUCGAGUUCAUGGCCCCCUAUGUCUCUCCUCGGUCGACCCUGGCCGACCUCAUCGCCCUCGGCGUCUACACGUCUGUCCGCUCCUGCGGUGGCCCUGCCGUGCCGAUUCGCGUCGGCCGUAUCGAUGCCACCGGCAAGGGAGCGCCAGGUGUCCCCCAGCCGCAAAACUCCGUCGCCACGUUCAAGCAGCAGUUCGACCGCAUGGGCUUCAGCGUCGAGGAGAUGAUCCAGGUCACGGCCUGUGGCCACACUCUGGGCGGCGUCCACAACACCGAGUUCCCCGACAUUGUGCCCGCCGGAACUGGCCUCGACGGGGAAUCGGGUCUCGACACGAGCGAUGCCGUCUUUGACAACCUCGUUGUCACCGAGUAUCUCUCCGGCGAGACCAAGAACCCGCUUGUCGUAGGCCCGUCGAUCAAGAUUGACAAGAACUCCGACUUCAAGGUCUUCAACGCCGACGGCAACCAGACCAUGGAGGCCCUGGCUGAUGCAGAGACCUUCAAGUCCGUCUGCAAGACUGUCCUGCAAAAGAUGAUUGACGUCGUGCCCCCGAGCGUCAAGUUGACCGACCCCAUCGUCCCCUACAAGGUCAAGCCUGUCAACCUGCAGCUGACCCUGAUCAACGGCGGCAGCACCCUCCAGCUGACGGGCUUCAUCCGCGUCAAGACCACCGGCCUCGCCCAGGGCAGCAUAUCCAGCGUGUCCAUCACCUACAAGAACCGCAGGGGCACCACUGACUGCGGCCUGAGCACCUGUGUCGUCACCAGCACUGUUCAGGGCGCCAGCCAGGGCUUUGACGAUACCUUUGCCUUCUACCCCAUCUCGGCCAACAUCCUCGCCUCCUCGGGGAUCUCGUCCUUCACCGUGACUAUCAACAAUGCUGACGGCACCAAGGACAUCUACGACAACAAUGGCAACGAGUAUCCUGUCCAGGAUGCCAUCAUCUUCCAGUCUCCCCAAAGCUGUGUCCUCGGCUCCUCGGGUGCUUUGACUGCCGUGGCUGCUGUCCGCAACGACCGUCUCAGCCAGGGCGCGCAAGUCAAGGUCUGGUACAAGACGCCCCAGACAAACAGCCCCGUUCCUUUGCUGCAGAGCACGACCCUCGACCUCAAGAAGGGGCAGUGCGCCGGACCGUACACUCUGUUCAACGUCGACUACACCAUCGAAGGUGGCCUGGCGUACGAGGGAUACGUCGACGUCAUCAAUGGUGACCAGUCCGACAGCUUCAAGGCCCUGACCAGCGUUGGCGGUACCUGCCGUGCCUUUGCGAACCCAGCUGCCUGCGUUGGCGGAGAGGAUGAGGGAUCCGGCGGCACAACGGCCGUCACAAGCGUUCCAACCACGACCGAGGCUCUCCCUACUACUACGGAGCCUCCUGUCACUACUGGUCCUGUCACUGACCCCCCUGUUACUUCUCCUCCUGUCACGGAGCCUCCCACGACCACAGAGCCUGCGACGACGACGACGACGCCACCUCCUGUUCCCAGUCACCGCCCUGCAGUCGACGGAUAUGUCCUGGUUUCUUGCUGGACCGAGGGUGACGGUGUGCGUGCUCUGGCUGGCAACGCCUAUGCAAACGACUCGAUGACUCUGGAGACCUGCAGAGACUUUUGCAGCAACUAUGUCUACUGGGGCACAGAGUAUGGCCGCGAAUGCUACUGUGGCAACACCCUUGCCAAGAGCAGCGGAGAGGCUCCCCUUGAUGAGUGCAACAUGGUCUGCGCUGGUGAUGCCAGCGAGUACUGUGGUGCUGGCAACCGGCUCGAGCUGUACUCGACCACAGUCACCCAGCCUCCCACUCCCACUGGCACCCUGACCCACGAGCCCACUGUCGGCCCAUACACACUGGUGGGCUGCUGGACGGAAGGCUCAGGCGAUCGCGCCCUGGGCCAGAAGGCUACCAUUGACCCUGACAUGACCAACGAGGCCUGUGCCGAGUUCUGCUCCGACUUUAGGUACUUUGGCACGGAGUACGGCGACGAGUGCUACUGUGGUAGUUUCCUUGCUGGCUCGAGUGCAACCGCCCCCCUGGCCGACUGCAACAUGCCCUGCGCCGGCAACGAGUUUGAGUACUGCGGUGCCAGCAACCGUCUCGAGCUCUACAUCAACCCCAACGUCACUGGUGGAAACCCUGAGCAGCCCGCUGCCGCCGGCGACUUUGUGUUUGUCGGCUGCCAGACUGAGGGCAACGGCACCCGCGCCCUGACGGGCGCUGCCACCGCAACAGGCACCAUGACUGUUGAGGCAUGCGCUGAGUUUUGUGCCGACUUUACGUACUUUGGCACCGAGUACGGCAGCGAAUGCUACUGUGGCAACACUCUGGCGCCCUCGUCUCUCAAGGCGCCGGCGGCGGACUGCAACAUGCUGUGCAGCGGCAACGAGCUUGAGUACUGUGGCGCGGGCAACCGCCUCUCACUGUACACCAAGAAGCCCGAAGAGCUUACAGAGGAGGAUGAAUGAGGGUUUUCAUCUCCUUGAUUCUGAUAGAACAAGCUGGUGACGAGGGGGAUGAUGUUGUAUGCUUGUAGAUAUAUAAAGGCGGCGCCGAAG